ACCCCGGCGGCCGCUUUCUGUAGAGGUUUUUUUUUUUAAACCGGCGAGGCAGAGGCGGGUGCUCCUUCCUGUCCCAUGGCGGGCGGUUAAGGGCGUCCUUCCCCACGUGCUCGCGCUUCAGGGCGGCGCAGGCCUCAGCCGCCCCUUCCUUGCUCCCGCCAUGGCGGACGAGCUGCACGAGAAGUUCCUGACCCCCGACGAGCCCGGCGCCCUCCUCUCGCCGCCGCCCCGCGCUCCGGGCAGCCUCAGCUUGGGCGACGAAGGCCCCGCCUGUCUGGACGUCAGCGACUUUGGGUGCCACCUCUCCUCCUGCCACCGCACCGACCCGCUGCGCCGCCUCCACGCCCACAGGUGGAACUUGACUUCUUGUGGAACGAGUGUCGCCAGCUCAGAGUGCAGUGAGGAACUGUUUUCUUCUGUGUCUGUUGGUGACCAGGAUGACUGUUACUCUCUGUUGGAUGAUCAGGAGUUGACAUCAUUUGAUUUGUUCCCUGAGGGUAGCGUCUGCAGUGAUGUCUCUUCUUCUAUUAGCACGUAUUGGGAUUGGUCGGACAGUGAAUUUGAAUGGCAGUUGCCCGGCAGCGACAUUGCAAGUGGAAGUGACGUGCUAUCUGACAUCAUACCUAGUAUUCCAAGCUCUCCUUGCCUACUUCCAAAAAAGAAAAAUAAGCACAGGAAUCUUGAUGAGCUGCCAUGGAGUGCAAUGACUAAUGAUGAACAGGUUGAAUAUAUUGAAUAUCUGAGUCGUAAAGUCAGCACUGAGAUGGGGCUUCGAGAGCAGCUUGAUAUUAUUAAAAUUAUUGAUCCCACUGCUCAGAUAUCUCCUACAGAUAACGAGUUCAUUAUAGAACUAAAUUGCCUCACUGAUGAAAAGCUAAAACAGGUCAGAAACUAUAUCAAGGAGCAUGGCCCUCGGCAGCGGUCUGCAAGAGAGAACUGGAAGCGAAGUGGUUACAGCUGUGGGAGUGCCAGUGGUGUGAGUGGUGCCAGCGCCAGCAGUAGCAGUGCCAGCAUGGUCAGCUCAGCAAGCAGCAGUGGUUCCAGCGUUGGCAACUCUGGUUCGAACUCCAGUGCAAACAUGAGUCGCGCGCACAGUGAUAGUAACUUAUCUACAAGUGCUGCAGAGCGAAUCCGGGACUCAAAAAAACGUUCUAAACAACGCAAGCUGCAACAAAAGGCUUUGCGGAAGAGACAGCUGAAGGAGCAGAGGCAGGCUCGGAAGGAGAGGCUAAGUGGCUUGUUCCUUAAUGAAGAGGUGCUUUCUUUAAAAGUGACGGAGGAGGACCAUGAAGGAGAUGUGGAUGUCUUAAUGUGACAGGGAUGAACUUCUCAGUGUUCUUUCUAAGCCUUAAGCGGAUCCUAUUGUUUACAUACAUACACUUCUACCAAAACUAUGGUUAGAUGCGGGGCUCACUAUCUAUUGUAUGUUGUUCAUCCAUAUAUUUUAGAAAUACUAAUUUUGCAAGUGAUAAGAAGUCAAGAAGGUAUCUUUAAAAAAGUAGGCUAGCAUAUUUAACUUUCAAAAUGUCUUUCCAUGCCAUUGAAAAAGGUUAGAUUUCCUCCUUAAUUCCACUAAAAGUGACAGUGUGUUAGAAGUAAUUUUCAUCGGCAGCAAUCUGGCCUCAACUAUUUGAUAUUGUGUACAAAUAACUCCUAGAAUUAUUUUCCUUGUCUUCCUGCUGCAGUUGUACUAAAUCAUAAUUCUAUGGGCAGUCAUUUUAGAUUUCCCAAAACUGUCAUUGUAACUUCAUUUAGUUCAGGGCUACCCUCUUUGUGUGGUCAGCCCUGUCAACUAAUGCAGCCCAGGUGAGGACUGUUACCAAGUGUCCGGCAAGCCACAAUUCAUGGAUAACAGACUGUUUUCAACUUGAUGGCUUGCAAGUUAUGCAGGCCUGAUUUAUGCUUGAUUUAAAUGGGAUCUUGGCUGAAGCAAAAACACUCACACAGCAUGUUGUUUAAAUUGGGCUGCUACUUGUGCAAAGAAGCUAUGUGGUGCGCACAGCUGUUCUGUAUGGGUAGCAGCACAGUUUAUAUGAGAUAUUGUGGGAGUGCCAGUCCCAUAUGGGAGUGUUUUUUCCUUGGCCAGUGUAAGGUUUAAACCAAGCCUUAUAAAGCGAUGGGACAGUCUGAUAAAAGGAAAUUACGCAUGUAGCUUUUACAUGUUCUAAAUUUGUAGUGUCAUGUGCCUUAAAAUUAGAGACCUCCUGUUUAAAGUCAGGGAUAUGGGGAGAAAAUUGAAAAGCUGAGAUGUUCUGGCAAAGUUCCUUUGGAGUUCACCCCUGGAGAACAUCCAACUUUAAGAAGUUAAAUAUUAGCCACUGUCAUUCCGUUAAAUUUGAAUUUCACAGUGAAAAGUGAGACUUUUAUCCUAACGGUGUCUGAAUGCUUUUUAGAUAAAAACGCACACUUUUCUGCUAAGUUUAAUGGCUACAUUGAUCUAAUGUGGUUAAUGCUGAUUGUUGCAUUUCUAGAAAUACCAUGUGGCAGUACAAUGUAUAAACCAGUUAAGCAGAUUUCUUUGAAAGAAUGCUUAAACAUUUUCAGUGGAGCUACCUCUACAUUGCUUAGCGUCUGUAAUGUAUGAAUCUGUCCUUUAGGUUAGAAGUGUAUGGUGCAUUGAUACACGUUAUAAAUUCAUUAAACACUGGAUUUUUAUGUUUAUCUUUUGGAAAAUACUUACCUUUCCUUGUAUUUAAAAUCAGCGUCCAGUCCUUGUGGUAACUCAAGCUCUGACUGGAGCAUGGAGUCUUGUUCCACUCAAACAGACCGAUAAUCCCCUCCAGUGAUAGGAGGUGUUAGGAUGGAGCCAAAGACUCUUUUGGAUCCAGCCAGUUUGUUUUAAAGUAUUUUACUGGUUACUGAGUACUUUGAAGCAUGUGUGAUGCAACUGUGCUGUUCAGACCAGUGAGCUCUAGAUUUGAGAGGGGAGAGACAACUCCAUAUUACAGUUUAGUUGGUCUCAAUACUUCGCACUUGCUCUCUGCGUGCUUCUUCCUAAGUAGCCUUGUCUUUGCUUUGAGCACAUUGUUUGUUUUCAAAGCUAGGUUGUCUUUCUGAACCAAACAUCCUGAUACCUAGUGAACAUCUGUUUUGUGCCCAGUUAGUGCUGUCAAUUCAUAAAUUAAACUGCUUUUUGGUUAACAGUUGUCCUAAAGACAGUAUAUAGGGUUUUAAAAAAUUCUAUAGUGGAUGCUUUUUAUGCUUAGUAAUACAUGUUAGCCAGUAGAGAGGACCUGCUUGGUAGCUGUCCUUUUGUGUCAUGUUUACUGUGAGCUCUGUAAAAGCUGCAUAAAAAUUUAAUUUAAACAGUAUAAGGAAGCAAACAGUUUGUUUGCAUCCUUGGAAAUAACUUCUUCAACAAGGCUUAGAAGGAGCACUGAAAACCUUUUUGGAAAAGGCCACUAUUCUCUUAAAUCUAAUUACAUAAGAAGAACUGACAUUACUUAGUUCACACUUUGCAUGUGUGUGUCUGCGUCCAGUUUUUUCUUGAGCUAGAAAUCUUUUGAAAUUUAAGUGGAUAAUGUUUUUGUAAAGCAGAAUAAAGGCUGCGACGCUCUGGGUUUGUACAGAAUGCUUGCUUAAGAAGUUGGUAGUCCCAACAUCUGAUCUCUUGGUUCACAGUAAAUAUUUUUAUUUUUCUACAUGUUGGUCAAAGAAAAUAUGGAAGGCUUCUCUGGCCAAACACUGCAUAAAAAACCUGUAUAUAUUAAUUUUAAGCCCUUUAAGGGUGGUGUAUAAUACUUGUAGAAACUCUUAUAGUACAUUCGCAAAAUUUCAUAUUAAUACUGACAUAAAUGACUUAAUAGUGCUCAUAUUCUCCCCCACCCCCCGGCCAUCCCCAGUUUAUUCAGCAAUAGAUGUAACAGCCUUUCAAGCAUUAACAUGUUCUGAUUUCUUGGUAAUCAUCCCCAAACUUUCCUGUUACAUCUUUUAUUGGAUCAAUGCUUCUGCACUACUUGCACUGCCAGAUAACUUUGAUUUGGCAAAUAAGACAAAAUGUAUGCAGUAGAGGGCCACUAACAUGACUUUAGCCAAGAUCAAAUCAUGUGUUUGUUGCAGUGAAAGAGGAGAUUGAAGAUAUGCCAAUGGCUUUUAAAUGUUUUAUUAAUAUACAUAAGAAUUGCUUCAUAAUAGCCCAUACUGGUACCCUGAGUAUAUAUGCUUCAUUACCAAAGCAGGAAGGAUGUUGUCUAGCUUUGGAGAAUAUGCUUCAGAGGUCUUAAAAUAUAUUUAAAUCCGGACUAUUUUUCCAAGCUGUCUGCUAAUAUCUGUAUUAUGUGCCGAAAUGCACUUGUGAAUAUAUACAUAUAUAUAUAUAUACACACACACACACAAACAACUGUUCACUGUACAUUCUGUAUCUACUUGCUACAGUGUUUAUAGAAAAUCUUUUUUCUGUUUCUUGGCUGUUGUGAAGGAUUUAACAGAGGUAUAAAAACACUGGGGACUGUCUUGUUUCCCUUAAGCUCUUAGCUGUAUUUUAAAAUAGUCUCAUGAAUAUGGUAGUAUGGGACAGUAUUA